AUGGCUUUGCGGUGCGCUCGUGAACGGGCGCCGUCCCUGAUGGAAGGCCCGCUGUUCGCCGCCGCGCCUCAAGCCGCCGCCGCCAGCUUCUUUGGCGCCAACUCUACCUCCACUGCUCAAUCUGUUGCUGCUACUGCCGCCACAGGACCUCGUAAUCAUAGUACUGCCUCUAGGCACCUAUUCUCUUCCAGCAAUCCGUCCUCGACCGGCACCGAAGUGCUCGGAAAUUGCUGGACCUCGGAGGACACUUGGCAUAACGUCUACAGUUGGAUUAAUAGCACUCAGAAUUGCAACGAUUCCGAAGGCGACAGCGUACGCUCAUCCAGCUCUUCUCAUCUACAGUCAAGCCCAAAACAGUCUGCAUGGCCAAUUGAUGACUCGCACCUCUUCGAACCUCUUUUUGACUCCACCUAUGCGCAUUUGAACCAGGAUAGAAAACAUUUUGAUGUCACCUUUGACCGCCCUACAGCACGUCAACCAACGCCACCGGUUGUUGCAAAACCAUGCGCUGAAUAUAACCUCAUCCAGGAACUGCUGAAAUUGAACAUCCAUCAGCCAGCUGCUUCUGAAUGGGGCCUUCCAGAUGCCGGUCUCGGUCAUCGAGAGGCGGCGGCAGCAGCCGCAUAUCGCCCUACUCCAAUCCAGAGACCGCCGCAAGUGGAAGCUUGGAACACGCGACAAGAAGAGCAGGACGUGUUCUCGCAAAUGAAUAACAACGAUAUGAGCUACUUCCUGCCGCGUCUCAGCCAACAAGUGCAACGUGAAGCGAUUUUGAGACGGAACAAUGCUGUUAUGGAGUCGCACGCAAGACUCGAGGAGUGCUGUGAGGAGUACCGUCAACUCGAGAAGGAACGUAAGCAAACUGAAGCCGAACUGGCCAGACAUAAUCUCGGCAAGAAGAUUAGUUCCUCCAACGGUCUGCCAAUUCCACGUCUGCCCACUGCCCCAUCACGUGUGGAUCGGCUUAUAGUGGAUUUUUUCCGUGAACAUGCUCGUAUCACGACGCUGUUAUCGAAGAUGGAACAACUUCGAGGUGCCCCAUUACCAAGCCCAGUUCAUCAGGCACUUAAAGAAUUGCUCGAAGCUGUCACUGUCCUACAGCAUUGCCGUCAUCAUGAGCGUACAGCAAUUCUGCAACAGUUACGCGGUGAAACAGUGAGAUAUGACGAGGAGAAAGAAACAGCUAGUCUGACGCAGGCGUUAAUUGCCGUGCGACGAGCUGCAUGUCGAGCACGUGCGGUAAAUUGGUGCUCUUUGGUGUGGACACUUGGCCCAGAAGAUGUGGUGCAGAAAUCGCAAGUAGAACGCUUGGUCGCUUCGGAUUUCUCGGUUGGACCGCCACCGAUCCGUCCUCGUCCGCUGAAGAACUAA